GGUCUUUCCAGAGGAGCCUGCAGCUGCUGAUCUUUCCUGUUCACCACUCAGGGACAUUUCAUCAUUUUACUGCACCUCAACAAGAUGAUUGGACAGAAAACGAUCCAUUCGUUCUUUUCGCCCGUCUCCAAAAAGCGUAUUUCCAAGGAUUUAAGUCAAACCGAAGAUGAAGCUAAUGACGCGGUGAGUGACGCUUCCGGUUCUGUAGCUAACAUGACAGCACGCAUGCGGGAGGUUCGCACAGUGAAAACUUCGUGAUGUUUACAUGUAAAGUUGAUGUAACGGUACCUUACUGCAGCGUUUAGUUUCCCUUGACACGAACCGCGUCAUCCGGGCCGCGUUCACAACCUCUCCGCUGCAAACGCGGAGGCUUCCCCCUGCGUGACGAUGUGUUUACUCCGCUGUGGAAGGAUCCUGAAGCUGCCCUUACCCGCUCUGUGUUUCACUCAACAUAUCACAACCAUGCAGAGGAAGAGGAAAGCCUCCGCGGUGGAUUCCGACUCUCCCAGUCCUCCUUCAUCUGCUGCAGCCUCCCCGGCUCAGACCCCUCUGUCCCCGGAGCAGCAGGACCGGAUCGCCCGCAACAAGAGGGUCGCGCUGGAGAGACUGGCCUCGGCCCACACGCUUCCUGGUUUCGGGGAGAGCUGGAGAGAGGAGCUGGCCCCGGAGUUUGGAAAAGAGUACUUCAAACAACUGAUGGACUUUGUCUCUGGGGAGAGGAAACGUCACACGGUGUUUCCCCCUGAUGAGCAAGUCUUCGCCUGGACUCAGACGUGUGACAUCCGAGAUGUCAAAGUGGUGAUUCUUGGCCAGGAUCCGUAUCAUGGUGCAAACCAAGCCCACGGACUGAGCUUCAGUGUCAAGAAACCAGUUCCUCCUCCACCCAGUUUGGCGAACAUGUAUAAAGAGCUGAUUUCAGACAUUGACGGCUUUGAGCACCCAGGACACGGAGACCUGACUGGAUGGGCCAAACAAGGUGUUUUGUUGCUCAACGCUGUGUUGACCGUCAAAGCGCAUCAGGCCAACUCUCACAAAGACAAAGGCUGGGAGACUUUCACUGACGCUGUGGUGAAGUGGCUCAGCAAUAACAUGGAGGGCGUCGUCUUCAUGCUGUGGGGGUCAUACGCUCACAAGAAAGGAGCUGCUAUUAACAGGAAACGCCACCAUGUGCUGCAGGCCGUGCAUCCCUCUCCCUUGUCUGCUCAUCGGGGAUUCUUCGGGUGUAAGCAUUUCUCAAAGGCCAACGAGCUGCUGGCGAAAUCUGGGAAGACUCCGAUAGACUGGAAGGCACUUUAAGUUGUUAUGCAUGUGUAUGCCCGUUUUACUAACAUGUGUUACCAUUAACUACAAUCAAAAACAAACACAUAAGCUUCCAAAUUUUCAUGUGUCAGCAAAACUAUGUUUCUUUUUCAAUGAAAGAGUUUGUUUGAUCUGUACCCCGACUUUUCUUCAUUGUUCUUGCUGUGGUACAUAGUUGUGUCAUCUGCAUUUGUCAGUUCCUACGUUGUAAAUAUGUAUGUGUACACUUAUGUUUUUUUUAGUUCAGCCAUUCAAGUUUGCUUUUUAUAACUGUGUUGGUUCCAUUAAACUUGUUCUUAAACUCAAA